UUCAGGAAGUCAUCCAUCCAAAAUAAUAAAUAAGGCAAACAACUUUCACAGAGAGGAGUAAACUUCUGAAUGCGAAAGCCGGAGUUGUUUCUUAUGUUUCUUCAGCGUCGUCGUCUGAACAUCACGUUCACCAUGAUUACCUCACUGGAGGUCUCAUGAUGGCCAAGCUGAAAACUAAGGAGAAAAUUUUGAACAAGGAGCUGGACUUUUUCCGAGGUUUGACUUGCCCUGAAUAAUAUUUGCCAUGGCUUACCAUAACGGUUCUAUCCCCCUUAGGGCAUUAUUUAUCAUGCUCUGUUUUGGAAUGGCAAAAUCUCUCUAUACCAUUCCACUUAAAAUAUUUACAGGGAAGUUUAACUCUUCUUUGGAUUUGGAUUUAACUCCUUUGAAACUAAUACAAGCCUCAGGAAAUGGACUGUCCCUGGCAUCUGAUCCAGCUGGAAUAGUGAAUUUUUUGGACAUGGUCAAUAACUUACAAGGCGACUCUGGCAGAGGUUACUACAUGGAGAUGACACUGGGUACCCCUGGUCAAAAGCUGAAUAUCCUGGUUGAUACGGGAAGCAGUAACUUUGCAGUGGCUGCAGCAGCACACCCCUUCAUCACACACUUCUUCAACACAGCACUCUCCAGUACGUACCAGUCCACUGGCAGGGCCGUGGCCGUCAAGUACACCCAGGGCAACUGGGAGGGCGAGCUGGGCACCGACCGCGUCCUCAUCCCCAGCAUCCCUGGCACCCUCACCAUCAACAUCGCCACUAUCCUCUCCUCCGACGGAUUCUUCCUCCCGGGGGUCAACUGGCAGGGCAUCCUGGGCCUGGCCUACCCACUGCUGGCUCGGCCCGACUCCUCGGUGGAGCCCUUCUUUAACGCCGUGGUGCGACAGACAGGCAUCCCAGAUGUGUUCUCCCUCCAGAUGUGUGGAGCUGGGCUGUCAGCCAGCACCACUGCCGACCCCGCGGGGGGAAGUCUUGUAAUGGGAGGGGUUGAACCAACAUUGUAUUCGGGGUCCAUGUGGUACACCCCUAUAAAGGAAGAGUGGUACUAUCAGGUGGAAGUAUUGAAGCUGGAGGUUGGGGACCAGAAUCUAAACCUGGACUGCAAAGAGUACAACAAGGAUAAAGCCAUAGUGGACAGUGGAACCACUCUGCUGCGGCUGCCUGUGAAUGUGUUCAGUGCUGUGGUGGAGGCCAUCUCAAGAACAUCUCUGAUCCAGGACUUCACCUCAGGGUUCUGGGGUGGUACUAAACUGGCCUGCUGGUUGAAGGGAGAGACACCAUGGAGGUUCUUCCCCAAACUGUCCAUCUACCUGAGAGCCACCAACACCAGCCAGUCCUUCAAAAUCUCCAUCCUCCCUCAGCUGUAUAUCCAGCCAAUCACAGAUGUGGACGGUACGCUGGACUGCUUCCGCUUCGGCAUCUCGUUGUCAGCCAACGGCCUGGUGAUAGGAGCCACCGUCAUGGAGGGCUUCUACGUCGUCUUCGACCGGGCUGAGAAGAGGGUGGGCUUCGCUGUCAGCAGAUGUGCAGUGAACGGUGGGAUAGCCGUGUCAGAGAUCUCGGGGCCCUUCUCAUCUGCAGACGUGGCAUCUGACUGUGCUGCUGGAGGGCUGCUGAAGGAGCCCCUUCUCUGGGUCAUCUCCUACGCCCUGAUGGCCGUCUGUGUCGUGGUGCUCCUCAUCCUGCUCCUCCUCCUCGUCCUGCCCUGUCGUCCCCGAGACCGGUCCGGUGAGAUCACUGAUGAGUCCUCGCUGGUCCGCCACCGCAUCAAGUGACUGAGGCGGGCUUCGGGUGGGACGACGACCGGGAGUUCCAGUUCUACUGAGGCUGGGAGAGGGGAGGGGUUGGAGCUGCACUGACCAAUAGGACUGUUCUCUGGACACAUCAUGGAAAAAGAGACUGCAGUUUGACCAGAGAACGCUUUUCUUAGCUUAGAUGUUACCAGUUAUCUUUGCACUCCAGUUUCAUAGCAACCUCUGAUUAAUUUAGACAUGUUAUUAGACUGAAGGUUGGGUAGCAGAAAGGAAUAAUGCUAUCCUUAUGCCAGCCCAGUCCCUCCUUGCACAUAUUUCCUGCUGAUUCUACACUGCCUACAACAUGGUAGUGAAGUGCACUGUUGUCACCUGAGAGACAAGGUCCUAAUAACUCUUAAACAGUCAUGUUUCUUUUUACUUCUCAGAAGCCUGAACUCAAAAUAGGAUAUUAUAAAUUAGAUUCAAGUUUGUUGAAUGUUCCCCACAGGUAUCAUUACCAUUUUUUCAUGGCAAUUUUCUUAUUCUCUGCUGUGUGAUAAAAGGAGGAAUGUUUGGUAGGAAAUGUCCUUUGUCAAGCUGUUUCUCUUAUUUUAAGAGUUGGGGAGUUGACUAAAUGUUUUAAUUCACAAAGCACAACCAGGAGGUCACAGACAAUAGAAGAUGAUGCACAUAUUAUGUUGGGGUAAGAAAAUCACAUGGGAAGUAUUAUGAUAUAUCAACCUUUGUGGUUUACAAUGAUAUCAAGUCAUAGCCAUCUCAUAUGGGAACUAGCAUGGGUUUGCGACAUUCUGUUUACCUGCACUUUUCAAAUACUGAUCAAAAGUGUCAUAUUAUGAAUAUCAAUAUCACUCCAUCUGUAUGAGUGAGAGUGAAGCAAUCGACAGUAACUGUUAUAGGAUUUUGUAAUGACAUUGUUGUAUUGAUGUUAUGUACUUUUAUUAAUAUACAUAUUUUAUAUUUAAGUCAAUAUGAAUGUGAUUGUAUAAUAUUAUUUCAAAACCUCACCAUUAGUAGACACAUACAGAAAACUGAUUUGUAAGGGCACAUAUUUAUAUUAUAGUAUUUCUAUGUUAAAUAACGUUUUCUAAAUUUUACAACACCCAAAGUUACCCAUGAUUUCAAAUAGGGAGAUGUAUUGGCCAAACAAAUUGUUUAAGAUGUACUGUAUUUUUCUAUCAAAAGUUGUAAAAAAAUGUUUUGCAAAGGUGUUUGAUAGAAAAUCAGGUGCAGAUUUAAAUUGAACUGUUCAUGAUUGUUUGUUAAAAUGUGUUAACUGUAUAUCCGUGCCAAUGUUCUGAUUGUAUAUAAUUAAAUAGAUCAGAUUAAAGUAAAGGCUCUCUCAUUCCAGCGUGAUAAUACGCCCGGGCUCUAUUCCAACAGCCUUCAACCUAGAUAAACAAUCCACCAUUCACUUGAAUAUUAUGAAUAAAGAAAGUUACACA